AUGUCCUUAGCUGGCUCGGGGAGUCUUGAAGUCCAUGUCCUGCCCUGGCUGAUUGCAGGUGGCAGCGGAGGGCAGCUUCUUAGAACAGGAAGGAUGCUGCUGCUGCUGCUGCAAAUCCUCCUCGGGACUUUUGUCCUGGCAAAUGCGGUCUCGGAAACAGCAGCCCAGGCCCAGGUCUCCUAUUCCGGGGAGUACGGCUCGGCUGUGGGGACCUCGUUCUCUUACCCUAUAGUCAUCCCCUGGCACCCCAUCACGGCCUUCCGGGUCUGGGAACACCCCAGCAGCUUCAUCGCAGCCCUCCAGUUCCAAUUUGAUGGCACGUGGAGCAAAACGUUCGGCUACGAGCAAGGCAAAGAUCACGAGGUGACCCUGUUCCGAGGCGAGGAAAUCACACAGAUCUCCGGGAAAAACUCCACCUACGUCUUCCAGCUCAUCUUCUCCACCAACCGUGGGCGCAUCUUCUUCUUCGGCCAGCCAGCCGGGGAGAGCUUCAAUGCCUACCCCCUGGAGCAGGGCAAAGUCCUGGCCCUUGUUAGUGGCCACCACAAUGAGGCGGGGAUCACGGGCAUCAGGAUGCAGUGGCGCCACUCCCGCUUGCCAGUGUUAAAAGCCUACGCCCAGAUCCCAGAGGCGGGGAAUCCCUCUGACUAA